GGCGUUCCUUCUUGCUCAUUUUGAAUGCUUAGCCGUUUUCCAGGAAGAAACUUAUCGCUGUCUGUUUUGUUACCUUAUUUUUAACGUUAAAAAGGGUUCCAUAAUGGCGGAAUCAAUAGAAGAUAUUUCCAGUUUGCAACUGGUUUCUACCAUUGGAUUUAAUGGACAUGUAGAAGGAGGACUUGCGAUUCAUCCAGACAGGCAGCACUUGAUUUAUCCACUUGGAAGCACAAUUGUCAUCAGAGAUUUAAAUUCUUCAGAACAGUCGUUUUUAACGGGUCAUACAAACAAUGUUUCUUGCAUUGCUAUUUCAAAAAGCGGGAAAUAUAUUGCUUCAGGACAGGUGACCCAUAUGGGUUUUAAAGCAAGUGUUAUAGUUUGGGACUGGGAGAAGCGAAGCAUAUACUGCCAACUUGUUCUUCAUAAAGUUAAAGUUGAAGAUCUUGCAUUCUCACCAAAUGAUAAAUUUCUUGUUACUUUAGGAGGGUUAGAUGAUGGUUCAGUUGUUGUUUGGAACUUGGAAACUAAAGACGCUGUUUGUGGUUCACCAGCAGCUGUACAGUCAGCAGGAACAACAUACUCAGUAAAAUAUGCAAAUUGCAGAGAUGAUCUGUUUGUUACUGGAGGUGAUGGAACAUUGAGAGUUUGGGAACUUGAUCUUGCAAAUCGAAAAAUUCGACCAAUUGAAUGCAACAUGGGACAACUGAAAAGAAUUGUCAAAUGCAUUGAAGUUGAUGAAAAAGAUCAAUUUUUUUACUGUGGAACUACAAGUGGAGAUAUUUUGAAAAUUAAUAUGAAAACAAAAUUGCUUAGUAACUUUGGACCCGCAAAAGGAAAAUUUAGUCGUGGGCUUGCUGAUAUGAAAAUUCUCAAGACUGGAGAUAUCUUGGUUGGAUCAGGGGAUGGCACUGUUGCAUUGGUCAAAGGAACUGGAGAAAAAUAUAAUAAAUUAAAAAGUUGCAAAGUGGAAGGAUCUGUGACUUCAAUUGCAUUGAGAGGAGAAGGACAUCAAAUAUUUGCUGGGACUGACAAGUCACAGAUAUAUAAGUUAAACUUCACUGACUUCGAACCUGAUCUACAAAGCACAUCACAUUAUAAUACAGUGAACGAUGUUGCCUUUGCAGAAGGAUGUUCCGAGUUGUUUGCAACUUGCUCAAAAAAUGAUAUUCGAAUCUGGCACACACCAACAUCUCGUGAACUUCUAAGAAUCACAGUUCCCAACAUGGAAUGCAGUGCUGUGGAAUUCAUGAAGAAUGGUACAUCUAUUUUAUCUGCUUGGGACGAUGGAAAAAUCAGAUGCUUCACACCUGAGACUGGGAAACAAAAAUUUGUCAUCAACAAUGCUCACAAUUUGGGCGUGACUGCAAUCGCAACAACUUCUGACUGUGAGAAAAUAGUUUCUGGAGGUGGAGAAGGACAGGUACGUGUAUGGAAUGUUGCUGGUACGUUUAUGGGAGCAAUGAAAGAACACAAGUCGUCCAUUGCUGCUAUCAAGAUCCAGAAAAACAAUGCAGUUUGUGUUACUGCAUCAUCAGAUGGAACAUGCAUCAUUUGGGAUUUAGUUAGAUAUACUCGUAAACAGAUGGUUAUGGCCAACACAUUGUUCAAAUGUGUAUGUUAUCAUCCUAAAGAAUUCCAGAUUAUUACAGCGGGAUCAGAUCGUAAGAUAGCAUACUGGGAAACUUAUGAUGGGUCUCAGAUCCGUGAGGUUGAUGGUUCAUUGUCAGGAGAUAUUAAUGGAAUGGAUGUCUCACCAGAUGGAAAAACUGUGGUCACUGGAGGAAAUGAUAAGCUUGUCAAGGUGUGGGGCUAUGAUGAUGCAGAGGUUCGUUUUGUUGGAGUUGGACACAGUGAAAUAACUAAACUAAAAAUAUGUCCGAACGAGAGAUAUAUUGUCACAGCUAACUAUGAUGGAUCAAUCUUGGUGUGGAGAUAUCCUUGUGAUCUUUAGUUUAUUAUCAUCUACAAUGAAGUUUUGAACAUGUAAGCAAUGUCUCGCGAAAUCUAUUUUGUUAAUAUAAAGUCAGUUUGAAUUUUAUUGAACUAUUCAAAAAAACGCACUACACAUUUUGUGAUGCACUUGCAUGUUCAAAACCAACUCAACACUGUAUUUAUUGUAAAUAUGAUAUGAUUUUGUAACAAAUAUAGCGAACGUUCCACAGA